AUGAAUUCUAUCAACAUUGACUGCCGACAGCAGAAACCUCCAAUACGAACAGAGCCUCCCACCAAAGCAUUAGCAGAAUCACUGCCAAAGGCUAUUCAAAGCCAUGAUCAUCCUGCCAAGCCCAACAACAAUACCAACGCCAGCCUGUUCUUCGUGGGCACAGCGACGACUAUACUGGAGUGGGAAGGAUUUCGCCUAAUGACUGAUCCCAACUUCUUGCAUGCCGGCGACCAUGUACACUUGGGUCCAGGAGUGACAGGGACAAGACAGACGAACCCAGCAGUCAACCUGGAAGACCUCCCCCAUAUCGACGCUGUUCUACUCUCCCACUACCAUGCUGACCACUUUGACGAGAAAGUCGAAGAAAGCCUCCGACGAGAUCUCCCCAUCAUCACCACUCCCCAUGCCAAAGACCACCUAGCCAACAAGGGCGACGACUCAUUCACCAACGUCCAAGCCCUCGACUUUUGGGACUCGCUCCGCGUCAACUUCACCACAUCGAAGCAGUCAACAGACAGCAACCUCAAACCACAGAUUCAGAUCACAGGCAUGCCAGGAACACACGUCCCACCAGGUCCCCUCGCAGUCGCCAACGACCUGCUAGGCGCUGUCCCACCAACCAACGGCUGGAUCGUCGAGCUAGGCUAUACUUCCCCGUCAUCGUCCGACUCCUCAUCCAGUGUUGACAGCGACAAAGGCUAUAGGAUCUACAUCUCUGGCGACACACUCAUGUUCGACGACAUCCACAGAAUUCCCGAAAAGUAUAGCUCGCACACCGGUAAGCCGAUCGACCUGAUGCUCAUUCAUCUCGGAGGCACGACGAUUCCAAGCCCUAAAGUGCCGAUCUUGAUGGUGACGAUGGAUGCGAAGCAGGGUAUUGAGAUGAUGAGGUUGAUUGGUGCGGAUGUUACGAUUCCGAUUCAUUACGAUGACUACGAUGUCUUCCUUUCACCACUCUCGGACUUCAAAAAGGCAGUUUCGGAAGCUGGGCUGGAUAAAAAGGUCGUGUAUUUGGAUAGAGGAGAGGAGUACCGGUUUGAAGUCAAGAAGUAA